CAUUCCAGUUUGAUAGCUGUAUUCAUCUACAACUCCACUGCGCACCUCUGCUGCUGUCAGUUAUGGCCAGCAGUUCACUCUUUGUUGUUUCUAUUGAUUUUGGCACGUCCUACAGUGGGUACUGUUUUUCCCUCGCUUCAGGCACAGACCAAAUCCGCCAGGUGUUCUGGGGAAUGGAGCAUGGGUACAAGACCCCGAAGACGCCCACUUGCAUCCUGUUUGACCAGAAUCAGGAGUUCAAGAAAUUUGGCUAUGAUGCUGUGAUGAAGUACAAGAACUUGCCACCCAACGAAGCUCACCAGUGGUACUUCUUCCAGAACUUCAAGAUGAGCCUGUACAACACGAAAGUCACUUCUAACAUGAGGCUGGAAGCCAGCAAUGGAAAGACCCUUCCUGCCCUGUUGGUCUUUGCUGAAAGUCUGCGCUACAUGGAGCAACAUGCCCUGAAGACUAUCCAGGAGGCCUCUUUCAAUACCGUCUGUGACCCCGAGGAGAUCACCUGGGUUAUUACUGUCCCAGCCAUAUGGAGUGCAGCUGCCAAGCAGUUCAUGCGGCUGGCAGCAAAGGAGGCAGGACUUAUCUCUGACAUGACUUCUGAGAAGCUGAUUAUUGCCCUGGAGCCAGAGGCUGCAUCACUCUGGUGCAAACAGCUUCCACAGGAAGGGUUUCUUGCAGAGGGCAGUGACAAGAGAAAGUUUGAGGACUCGCCUGGGAUCCAAUAUAUUGUUGUUGACUGCGGAGGUGGUACAGUAGACAUCACAGUACAUGAGGUCCAAGAGAACCGUUGCCUGAAGGAGUUACACAAGGCAUCUGGAGGUGGAUGGGGAGGCAACAGAGUGGAUGAAAACUUCAGUGCAUUCUUCAGGGAGAUAUUUGAUGAUGGUGUAUGGGAUGAAUAUGUAAAGAGCUACCCUACUGAAUUGCAACAGAUGAUGUACAACUUCAAUUUCCAGAAAUGCUCUGCUGAGAGGGAGGCAGUCUAUUUGCACUGCUACUACAAAUUGACUAGACUUGCAGAAAAAAAGAAGGACAUCUCCCACUUCUUCAAAAAAGUAAAAGGAGCCAUGUGGUGUGAUGGGAUGAUCAUGAUUACCUAUGAGAAAAUGAAAAGCUUUUUUGAAUAUAGUAUCAAAAAUAUUAUUGCUGCUUUGAGAGAAAUCCUUGGCAAGCCUGAGAUGGCCAAGGUCCAGUACAUUUUGCUUGUGGGAGGCUUCGCAUCUAGCGUCAUCUUGAGAGAUGAGGUCAAGCAGGCUUUUAGUGAGAAGUAUCAUAUAUUUUGUCCAGUGGAGCCCCAGCUUGCCGUUGUGAAAGGGGCUGUUUUAUUUGGGAUCAAUCCAGAAAUUGUUACCUCAAGAAUCAGUGCUCGGACAUAUGGGGUAAAGGUAUGUAGGGCGUUUGAUGCAGCUAUCCAUGACAUUCGUAAACGAAGAGUCUCGAAAGCUGAUGGCUAUGUCUAUUGCACAGGUCUCUUCCAGAAAUUGGUGGGAAUUGGGGAAUCAGUGAAUAUAAAUGAAGUUGCCCAAUAUAUUUUCACACCAGUAGAACCAGAUCAGACAAGUACAUUGUUUGCUUUCUAUUCCACAGAAAAGCAGGAUGUUCAGUAUGUAGAUGAGGAAGGGCUGGAACUGCUUGGUUCAUGCACAGUACCAAUGCCAAACACAGAGCUGGGGAGGAAACGCAAACUGAAUCUGGAUAUUAAGUUUGGGCUUACUGAAUUUAAAGCCACAGCUACUGACGUUACUUCCAAUCAGAGUCGGACAGUUAUGAUAGAUUUUUUAUCAGUGUGAAUACUUGAGUCUUAGAGCAGCAUGGCCUACAUGGGAGGUGCCAAUCACCAUGAUGGAAAGGCAAAUGGACCACGAAGUCCAUCAUCCAUCCUUCUCACACAAGUAAACGGUUUGCAGUUCUGAUUCCCUGGUUCCUUCCUUUCUGACAUACCACCAGUACAGUCACCUGCACCUUGUCAGUAUGUGAUAUAAUGCGUCUCGACUAGUGUCUAACUCUCACAAGUACCAGCCCAUACCUGUUUCUUUUAGCCUAAGAUCUUUCAGCUACAUACUAGAAUCAUCAUCAUAGAAUAACCAUAGAAUGGCUUGGGUUGAAAGGGACUCCAAGGAUUAUCAAGUUCCAAGCCUCCUGCCACUGGCAGGGCCACCAACCUCCAAAUCUGGCACUAGACCAGGUUGCCCAGGGCCCCAUCCAACCUGGUCUUGAACACCUUUAGAGGCAGAACAUACACAGCCUCUCUGGGCAGCCUGUUCCAGCAGCUCACCACUCUCUAUAAAGAACUCCCACCUGACAUCCAAUCUAAACCUUCUCUCCUUAAGCUUAAAACCAUUCCCCCUUGUCCUAUCACUGUCUACCCUCAUAAAAAGUUGAUUCCUCUCCUGUUCAUAAUCCCCUUUUAAAUACUGGAAGUCUGCAACGAGGUCUUCUUGCAGCCUUCUUUCCUCCAGACUGAACAAGCCCAGCUCCCUUAGCCUGUCUUUUUAGUAGAGGUGCUCCAGCACUCUCAUCAUCUUUGUGGCCUCCUCUGGACCCUCUCCAACAGUUCUACAUCUUUCCUGUACUGGGGGCCCCAGACCUGGAUGCAGUACUCCAGAGGGAGCCUCACAAGGGCGGAGUAGAGAAGGACAAUCACCUCCCUGUCCCUGCCGGCCGUCCCUCUUCUGAUGGAGCCCAGGAUACCACUGGCCUUCAGAGCUGCAAGAAUACACUGCUGGCUGAUGUUCUUUUUCAUCCACAAGGACUCCCAGGUCCUUCUCUGCAGGGCUAAUCUCAAGGAGCUCUUUCCCCAGUCUGCAUAUGUAUCUGGGAUUACGCCGACCCAAUUGCAAAACCUUGCACUUUCCUACACUGAAUCUCAUUAGGUUCAGUUGGGCCCACCUUUCGAGUUUGUUGAGGUUCCUCUUGAUGGCAUCCCUUCCUUCUGAUGUGCCAACUGCACCACUCAGCUUGGUGUCAUCAGCUAACUUGCUGAGGGUGCAUUCAAGUCCAUCAUCAGUGUCAUUGAUGAAGAUGUUGAAGAGCACUGGUCCUAAGACCGACCCUGGGGGACACCGCUCAUCAUUGGCCUCCACCUGGACAUAGUGCCAUUCACCACAACCCUCUGUCUACGGCCUUCCAACUAAUUCCUUAUCUACUGAAUAGUCCACCCCUCAAAUCUGCAUCUCUUUAAUUCAGAGAUAAGGAUGUGGUGGGUGACAGUGUCAAAGGCCUUGCACAUUUCCAGGUAGAUGUCAUAGGUCGCCUUCCCUUUGUCCACUGAUGUUGUCACUCAAUCACAGAAGGCCACCAGAUUGGUCAGGCAUGACCUUCCCUUGGUGAAGCCACGCUGACUGUCUUGGAUCACCCACUUAUCCCUCAUGCACCUUAACAUGUCUUGUAGGUGAGGCUCAUUGACCUGUAGUUCCCUGGGUCCUCUCUCCUCCCUUUCUUGUAAAUGGGAGUAAUGUUUCCCUUUUUUCAGUCGCUGGAGGCUUCACCUGACAGCCACAACUUUUCAAAUAUGAUGGAGAGAAGCUCAGCAACCACAUCAGCCAGCUCCUUUAGGACACUGGGUUGCAUACCAUUGAGCCCCAUAUACUUGUAUACAUUCAGCCUCAUGACAUGGUCUCAGACUUGUUUUUCUCUUAGUUUGCUAUGUGCUCUCUUUUCAGAGCUUAACUCUGUUCUCAGGCCUCUUCAUAAAGCUUAACUCUGCUGGGAGUGUCAUUAAAGGUAUUUUAGUUUUCUUCAGAGUACCUCUUAGAAAUGCAUUGUGUACAACUAAAAGGCUCUUGUCCCAGUCAAAGUUACUGUGUGUAGCAGGAAUUCAAUAAAGUCUGGACACUUGUAUCCAAAA